GAGCCCACAGUCAAACGACCCUAAAUUUAUCAUUUAUGUGGCGUUGAAUGCGAGACAGUGCACAGAUUUUAAUUUUGCCGGUAUCCCUCUUCCACGUUCCGCUGAAGAGAGGCACAGUUCGCAAUCAAGAUCUUCACCAACCCAUUGUGACUCACAUUGAAUUUAAUAGUUCCGAGGCCGCUUUCUCAAUAAUUAGUAUAAACCCGAGGUGUAAUAUGCUGAAGACUGGUGUAAUGUACUGAGGUCUGUUGCUGAGUACUCUAAUGGCGGAAUUUGCAGCAGCAAGGUGUGAUGAUGCUCUAAACUGGUCGAAAGCCGCAGAUUUGCUGAGAGACAGCCAUGUGAAGGAAGUGAAAAGCAUGGUGGAAGAGUUCCGUAGCAUCAAGACUGUGUUUUUGGGAGGAUCGACGCUGAACAUAGCCCAAGUUGCUGCAAUCGCUCGCAGCCCCCAGGUGAAGGUUGUGCUCGAUGAGAACAUUGCCAAGAACAGAGUCGAUGAAAGCUCGAAUUGGGUCAUCAAUAAUAUUAGCAAAGGCACCGAUACUUAUGGAGUAACGACUGGAUUUGGGGCUACUUCGCACCGCAGAACGGAUCAGACUUUCGAAUUGCAGAAAGAAUUGAUCCGUUUUUUGAAUGCUGGAGUGUUAGGAGACGGAGUAAAUUGCUUGUCUAGCUCUGUUACUAGGGCUGCCAUGCUGGUAAGGACGAAUACUCUGAUGCAGGGCUACUCUGGUAUCAGGUGGGAGAUUCUGGAUGCUCUGCAGAAGUUAAUGAAUGCCCACAUUAUGCCUAAGCUGCCUCUGCGGGGUACUAUUACGGCAUCUGGAGAUUUGGUGCCCCUGUCCUACAUUGCAGGGCUGCUUACUGGGAGGUCUAAUUCUGUUGCUGUUGCGGAAGAUGGGACUGAGAUGAGUGCUGAGGAGGGUUUAAGAUUGGCUGGGGUUUCUAGCCCCUUUCAGCUCUAUCCCAAGGAAGGGCUCGCCCUUGUCAAUGGAACUGCAGUCGGUGCCGCAGUUGCGUGCACUGCUUGUUAUGAUGCUAAUGUGUUGGUUGUUUUUGCAGAGGUUGCGUCUGCUAUGUUUUGCGAGGUGAUGCAGGGAAAACCAGAGUUCACGGAUCCAUUGACUCACAGGUUGAAACACCAUCCAGGCCAAAUGGAAGCCGCAGCAGUGAUGGAGUGGCUGCUGGAGGGGAGCUCCUACAUGAAAUCCGCAGCCAAGAUGCACGAGACAGACCCAUUAAAGAAGCCCAAGCAGGACCGGUACGCUCUGCGGACCUCCCCACAGUGGCUGGGCCCCCAAAUCGAAGUCAUCCGCAUGGCCACACAGGCAAUAACCAGAGAAAUCAAUUCUGUCAAUGACAAUCCCCUCAUAGAUGUUGCAAGAGACAAAGCCCUGCACGGCGGCAACUUUCAGGGCACCCCAAUCGGUGUCUCCAUGGACAAUCUUCGCCUGGCGGUGGCCGCCAUUGCCAAGCUCAUGUUCGCCCAAUUCUCAGAGCUGGUAAACGAUUACUACAACAAUGGCCUGCCGUCCAAUCUUUCCGGUGGCGAGAACCCUAGCCUGGACUACGGCCUCAAGGGCGCAGAGAUCGCCAUGGCCUCCUAUACUUCCGAAAUACAGUACCUUGCAAACCCUGUAACAAACCAUGUCCAGAGCGCAGAGCAGCACAACCAGGAUGUAAACUCCCUGGGCCUGGUCUCUGCCAGAAAGACCACAGAAGCAAUCGAAAUUCUCAAGCUCAUGGUAUCCACAUACCUGAUUGCUCUGUGCCAGGCCGUCGAUCUUCGCCAUUUAGAAGAAAACUUCCAUGGCGGCAUAAAACAGGGAGUUUGCCAGGCAGCCAGGAAAACCCUAUAUUCAACAACAGAGGGUCUGUUAUUACCCACCAGGUUCUGUGAAAAGGAGCUCCUGCAGGUCGUUGACAGGCUCCCUGUUUUCACCUACAUAGAUGACCCUGCUGGACCGUCUUCACCAUUGAUGCAACAACUUCGCCAGGUGCUUGUUGAGCAGGCCCUAAAAUCACCAGACGAAACGAGUGCUUUCUGUAUAGUUAAUAUAAUCUCUCAGUUUGAACAAGAGCUCAGCACAAAACUCACCGUUGAGGUUCCCCUAAUUCGCCAGAACUUCGAAGCAGGGCAAUUCGAAGCUGCUAACCAAAUUCAGAGCUGCAGAACCUAUCCUCUGUAUAAAUUUGUGCGAGAGGAGCUCGAAACAAGUUUGUUGUGCGGGCCAACAGGGGGAACUCCUGGGGAGGAUAUUGAAAAGGUUUUUGUGGCCAUUGGAGAAGGGAAGCUAGAGAAAUGUGUGAUGCAGUGCUUGGAUGGAUGGAAUGAAUCGCCUGGCCCUUUUGUUCAGCUCAAGAAGCGUAACCCUGUUUGUGAAGUAGUGAAAUCUGGCCAUGCCUGCGGGUGGAGCUGGGCUCACCAGAUUGGAGGGCAGCUUCAGCAAGUAAAUGGAGGGAAGGGCUACUGGCUUCUCUCUAUCAUUUGAUUUGUCUGGUUUCUCAUCAUAUCUCUGUAUUUGUUCGUUGCACUAGUUUCAGCACCGUCUUCUAUACUACAAGUACAAAGUAUUUGAAAUGUUUGUUUGCUAUGUAACAGUUGAAUCGGGUGUUCAAAUCCAUACGUGGAAGCUAAUAAAGGGUUUUUAUGUUUUUAA